GAAAGAACCUAUGACGAAGCAGUUUUGAAUGCAUGUGGCGCAAAUAAGUGGAGUAAUGACGAGAAAAAGCGGAUUCUCGGUUUCAUGGAUUUAUAUAACCUUCGACCCUUGUCCAUGCUCAGUGAAGAAAAUAUGGAGUUAAAUGCACUCACGAAUGAAAAAUAUUUGAACAAACAUAAAGGGAAUUCAAUGAAGGUUUCAGCGAUUGUUCCUGCAAAACGAAAAUAUAAUCAAACAUUUGUAUCUAUACCCAGUGCAUCAUCAUGUCUGUCUGUAUAG